AUUUCAGCUCCCACUCUGUGCAUUAGGUUUCUUUUGUGAGCGGCAGACGAAGGAGAAGGAGAGAAACCGUAACCAUGGCGACUCAACCAGCUGUUGAAUCUGUGCAAUGCUUCGGAAGGAAGAAGACUGCAGUGGCAGUCACCCACUGCAAGCGUGGAUCUGGUUUGAUCAAGCUCAACGGUUGCCCAAUCGAGCUUUUCCAGCCUGAGAUCCUCCGAUUCAAGAUUUUCGAGCCAGUGCUUCUCCUCGGAAAGCACCGUUUCGCUGGUGUGGACAUGAGGAUCCGUGUCAACGGUGGUGGUCACACUUCCCAGGUCUACGCCAUCCGUCAGAGUAUCGCGAAGGCUCUUGUUGCGUUCUACCAGAAGUAUGUGGAUGAGCAAUCGAAGAAGGAGAUUAAGGAUAUCUUGGUGAGGUACGACAGGACUCUUCUUGUGGCGGAUCCGAGGAGGUGUGAGCCGAAGAAGUUUGGAGGUCGUGGUGCUCGUGCUCGUUUCCAGAAGAGUUACCGUUAAAAAAAUGCUGGUUUGUUUUGUUUUGUUGUUCUUCAAUUUCGAAAUCAUCAUCUUAAGGUUUUUGGAGUAUGGACUUGUGAUGUGAGACUCUUUAGAUUUUAUAAUUUCAGUUUUAUUAUGCUUUUUUUUUUGGAUAAUGGUGAUUCUCCAUGAAACUUAUAUGUUUUGAUAUGUUUACUCGUUUGUUAUCUUAAAGUUUUUGUUUUUAUUUCA